UUCAUUUUGAUUGGACAAUUACCGGUGUGAUACCUUAAAUACCUGAAGGAUUCCCCAAUACUAGGGAGAAUUCUAAAACAUUUUAUUUGUCAAUAGGGUCGGAAAGUCUCGUUUACUUUCACUUUCGAUUUACUACUUCCGGGCAGUAGGCGAAGAUGCCGCUUUGUUUUGCUUUCGGCUGUACCCAUAUGACAGGGUCUAAACGUACUUGCAGUCUGUUUAGAUUCCCCACUGAUGCCAAGAAGAGGAAGAAAUGGAUUGAUAGAUGCAGGAGAGCAGAUAGAGAAUACAACAGCAAUGACAGAAUUUGUAGUUGCCAUUUUAAAGAUGGUAAAAAGGAAAAUGGACCUACAAUUUUUGUAUAUAGCAAGAAUGUUGACUGCUUUCCUGAAGUUUUGAAACCCAAAAGAUGCAAACUUAUGGAUAUCGAUACAGAGAGGUCCCUCAAUGCAGAACCAAACCGUGACCAUCCAUAUGCAGUUGAUAAUCACACAGUCUCUAUAGAUGACUGUGGUGGAGCAUGUGCAAUGGAAGUACCAAUGUCGCAGUUUGAAGCACAUGGGAGCAACACUGACCAUUGUUAUGCUGGUUCACUUCCAAAUGCACCCAAAGAAAGUGUCACUGAAUUGGAGAAAAAAGUGCAAGAUCUUCAGAGAGAACUAGAAUCUGUUAAACUUAGAAAAAAAGCUUUCUCAAUCAGCAACAUCAUACAAGACCCAGACAAGAUGCUGCUAUAUACAUCGUUUCCAUCGGAUGUGUUUAACGUGUUGGUGGCUAUGUUAGAGAGAAUGGGUCCAUUUAACUAUUAUAGUGGUUGGACGGUACAGGGAUUGAGUAUUUGUGAUCAACUUCUCUUAACUCUGAUGGAAUUGCGUCUUAAUCUCAGGGACCUCGAUUUAGCAGAGAGAUUUAAUAUCAGCAAAUCUACAGUAUCAAACAUUUUUAACACCUUUGUUGCAGCUCUGCACGAAAUUUUAUUUGAUGGCAUUUUGAAUGUAGUUGGAAUACCUUCCCAGUUAAAAUGUAAAGGAUCACUGCCCAAAUCUUUCGAAGACUUUUCAUCUGCAAGAAUAGCUAUGGAUGCAACAGAAAUAACACAGGAUGUUCCAUCCAAUAUGAACAACCAGUCAGUAUCUUAUAGCAACUACAAAAGUCGACACACAGUGAAGGCCGUCACUUGUGUAGCACCAAAUGGUGCUUUGGUCUAUAGUUCAGAUCUUUAUCCUGGAUCCACUUCUGAUGCUGCUAUUGUCGACCACUGUAGUGUAUUAGAUCAGUUGAAAGCAGGGGAUAUGAUACUAGCAGAUAAGGGAUUUAACAUUUUCGACAAACUUCCUUCAGGUGUUACGUUAAACAUUCCACCUUUUCUUUCUUCAAAGUCCCAUUUUACUAAAGAGGAAGCACAGCUCUGUUACAAGAUUGGGAGAAGUAGGAUACACAUUGAGCGUGCAAAUGAAAGAAUCAAGAACUAUAGUAUUCUAAACCAUAUACCGUCACAAUACAGACACCUAUCUACUAAAAUGUUUCAACUCUGUGUGGCAUUGGUAAAUUUACAGUCUCCUCUAUUGAAGGAAAUUGCAGACAAAUAUGAAAUUAAUAAUGUGUAGUGCAAUUUAUUUCAGAUACAUGUAUUAAGGGGGAAUGCUACACCAGAGAAAUUUUAUGUGAAUAUAAAGUGUAGGAUAUGUACAACAAUAUUUUUAUAUUGAAAACUUUCAAAUUUAAUUUACCUACUGAGCUACUCAGUUAGGCGAUUUAAUCUUAAGCAAUAUGAUUGAUUGAUUGAUGUUUUGAUUUUGAGCGCGAUGCUCUAACCACUUGCCCAUGAAGACGAAUAUUGCUGAUAUUUAUUUAAAAGGGUGUCAACCAUUAUGAUGAUGUAGUAUACCUUUUUAAUGUGUCCUGGAACUCUACUGCUGAAAUAAUCUAAGAUUCUUCUUACUCUUACCCCAGCUUAUAUUUUUCUGACAUGUAUAUGGGAUUAGGUUUGUAUUGAUACAUCACUUGUCUUUUUCCAUCUUUAUAGAAAUUUAUGAACUGUAAUAUUUUAAAUUCUUCAAUUGUUCCUUGGAAAUUGUUAAUAAGACUGGGAAUUUUAAAGACUUGGAUAAUUUGAUGCUAUGCAUCCAAUCUAAAUCUUGUUGUGAACUGUCAACUUGCAUGUAAAUUUGAACAAUUUGAUGUGUAACAUAAUUACUAGUGUAAAGAAAAUUGUCAACAUAUGAUACAUGUAUUUAUUUGUUAUACAUGGAUUUUUUUGUUGCACACAUAAAUUAAUUUCAAUACUGUA